CAUUUCAAUGAUAUUUUCAGUAGUUCAGUACAUACUUUAAUCUCAUAAUAACAUAUACAUAUUUCAUUUUAUGCUAUUCAAUAAUUCUCACUAACACAUUUCCAUAUUUCAUAGACACUCUUCACCACGUAUCACUUUUUAUCAUUUUUCACAUUUAAAAGAGAGGGCACGCGGAGCAGCCAAGUAGGGCACGAACCAAGGAUAUUUCAAUUUCAAAUGUAGCCCCAAGUCCAGCGAAGUCAACUGACGCCCAGCUCAAGAGGAAACUGCGUUGCUGCUUCUCCUUUGACUCCCUCUGCUCAGUGUUCUACCAACACCCACCAUUCAAAAUCCUUCGCAAAAAUCCCCCACAGUACCCCCAGUGCUCCAUUCUCCCCUCUACCUCCCAAUUAUCAAUCCUUCAUCAAGCCCCAUUGCUGCUUAGAUCUAUAUACAUAUAUGUCCUCAUCUAGCUAGUUCUAUAUAUCCGUAUAUCUAUCUAUUUGCAUUAACUGAUUUGUUCCCAACCAUGUCAUCUUCCUCCGAACCAGCUGACAAGCUCGCCACCGCAAAAGCCGUCCUAUCCGCCGCGGCCUCCUUUGCCGCCACCGCGAUGGUGGCCCGCUCCGUGGCCCGCGACUUCCUCCCCUACGAGCUCCAAGACUACCUCUUCUCCGGCAUCCGUACCUUCUUUGCUCGCUUCUCCUCCCAAACCACCCUCCUCCUCGACGAGUUCGACGGCCUCGUCCCCAACCAAAUUUACACCGCCGCCGAAACCUACCUCAGCUCCAAAGUCCCCCACUCAGCCCGCCGCCUCCGCGCCACUAAACCCGAGAAGGAGGCACACAUCGCCGUCAACGUCGAACACGACGAGGAGAUCGUUGAUGCCUUCGACGGCGUCCAAUUCACAUGGGUCCUAAUUUGUAGGCAGGUGGAGUCCCGAAACUACAAUCCCCACGACAUCAACUCCAUUCUUCGAUCCGAGCAGCGAUCCUACCAGAUCACCUUCCACAAGAAGCACAAAUCGAAAGUCAUCGACUCCUAUUUACCCCACAUUUUGGAAAAAUCGAAAUCGGUGAAGCAGGAACAGAAGACGCUGAAGAUCUUCACGGUGGAUCCGGACAGCAUGUACGGCAACAUGGGGGACGCGUGGAAGGCGGUAAAUCUGGACCAUCCGGCUAGAUUCGAGACGCUGGCGAUGGACCCGCGACAGAAGGAGGAGGUGUUGGCGGACCUGGAGAGGUUCGUGAGGAGGAAGGAGUAUUACAGGAAGGUGGGGAAGGCGUGGAAGAGAGGGUACUUGCUGUACGGACCGCCGGGGACGGGGAAAUCGAGCUUGAUAGCUGCGAUGGCGAACUACUUGAGGUUCGAUGUGUACGAUUUGGAGUUGACGGAGAUGAGGAGCAACUCGGAGCUGAGGAGGCUACUGAUUGCGACGGCUAAUCGGUCGAUCCUGGUGGUGGAGGACAUCGACUGCACCAUUGAGUUCCAGGAUCGGAUGGCGGAGGCCAGAGCUGCGCAGCCGCCUGGCACGUUUCAACGCCAAGAAAAUCAGGUGACACUGUCAGGGUUGUUGAACUUCAUAGACGGGCUGUGGUCGAGCUGUGGGGAUGAGAGGAUCAUAGUGUUCACCACCAACCACAGAGAGAAGCUGGACCCUGCGUUGCUCCGCCCUGGACGCAUGGACCUCCACGUCCACAUGUCUUACUGCACUCCCGCAGGCUUCCGCCUCCUUGCUUCCAACUACCUUUCCCUCUCGCACCACUCUCUGUUCGAAGACAUCGAGGCCUUGCUUGAACCGGUGGAGGUGACGCCGGCGGAAGUCGCCGAGCAACUCAUGAAGAGCGAUGAGAUCGAUUCAACGCUUUCGGGCCUCCUUGAAUUUCUGAAAUUGAAGAUGAAGGAAAAGGAAGAGGCUAAAGCCAAAAGGGCCGAUCAAGAGUCGGCAGCAGCCGUGGCCGUGGACUCCGCCCAGGAGAAAAGUACUUCGAAGGAUGAUAAUGCGGUGGAAGAGAAAAUUGUCCGUUAGUUUAAGGAGGUGUUUGCUUAAAUUUAUAUAGAUUUUGAAGAAAUGAAGUAUAAAUUUGGCUUGAGUUUUUUCUUUUUUUAAUUCACACAAGCUCAAACUCAAAUUUACUUCUUAAAAUUUAUGUUUCCAAAAAUUGGAAUAGGACACAUGUAUAACAAUAAAAAGAUCAUACAAUUGGAGAGUUAA